CUAGGUGAACUGGAAUCAACCGGUGCUUGUAGGACAGCCAGCUGAAGAUGGUAGCGGUAGAUGUUUACUUGAAGCUGGUGUGAUUCUAAGCAAUCCAGCAAUGCAGAAACUAAUUCAACAACGUCAUGCUUGUAAUCUGCUUGCUAGUGGCUCGGACGCCGAUCAGCUUGCUUUCGAAAAGUGUUUGCAGCUAGCAACCAAUCUGUCGUGUAUAAGCGAGUAUCAGGGUCAAGCUUACAAGGUUUGGCACGUUGAUGGAACGCAAACUGCACACGAUGCGAUCAACAAAUGGCGUGCACACGAAGCUUUUAAUAAGUCGAUAGCUGUUACAAAGUUACUGUCAGAUGCUGAUGCAUCCGCACUUCAUGAUCAUUUCGUUAGCGUCGAAGUAGCGAAAGUUGAUGCUGAGAUUGCUGCUAUGGAACUAGAGUUGGGAGAACUUCAAAAAGACACGGAUGAAGGGCCAACAUGGCCUGCUGCCGUUCCUGGUUACAGCCGACCACCGAAUCGGUACCAGGUGCCAACAUGGGAGUUUUUCACGCUGAAGGAUAUAUUCCGCAGUGAACCUAAUCAAAAUGUACGACCUCUCGAAGGAAAAGACCGCGAUGAUGUGAUGGAGGUUGUGGCUGCAGCCAGACAGCAUGCAGAAGCGGAAGAACCCGACCUAGAAUUUUUACAAGUUCGGAAUGGCUAUAGGCUUUUUGAUCCUCAGCGUGGUAUGGACUAUAUGGUUGAUCUCGUCUACAAGGACGGAGCCACUCAAGCUACUGUUGAACGAAGAGUACAUUUGUGUCGAAUGGUUGCGGGAACACAGCUGAUGAAUCAGGUAAGAUCAUUGGAAUACUAG